ACGUCGUCUGUCGUCCGCCGUCUUCGUUCGGUCGUCGUCGUCGUCGUCGCGAGAAAAGAAAACAAGCGCCUCCGUUGUGUAGUGUUUUUGCGUUAAAUUUUCCCCAACAAAAAGGUGCAAAUUCUACUGGAAAAUAUCCAAACCGGGCAGACGAAAGUGCGCGGCAUCGAUUGCGAUAGUUUUCGUCGGAUUUCCCGAGUGGCAAUAUCCGAAAAUGGACGUUUGAAAAAGUGGAUCUGCAUCGUCGCCCUUGCAUUAUUAUCGCCGCAGACUUCCUCUCUACAUAAGAAUAUUGUGUAAAACGAAAUGGAACGAAUGGAAGUCGACGUUGUGGAUCUGAGCGUCGGAUCCGGACGGGACUCGCUCACCAUCACUCCGGCCACGGCACGGGAUUUGAGGGCGCUGACGCAGAAUUCCGGUCUCACCAUAACACCGGCACCGCCACCGCCACCUCCCGCUGCACCUUCCCCGUCGGCAUCCGGAAGUACUUCUCCCGUUCCGGGAAGGCGCGUUCUGCGUCCGCGUACCGAACCAAAGUCCUACGCGGAAGUACCGGACAUUGUGCUACUGCCGGCGAAAGUGAACGGCCGUUCCUACAAUGGUGCUGCUGCCGGAGCCCUAUCCGAGUCGGAAGAUGACGAAAUGCCUCCGGUGUUCCCGAUCAAGGAGCUCACCGCGGCGGAAAUCUGGGAACGUGAACGCGGCUUGCGCAAGCUCCGCGAAGAACUUCGCAGCGAAGAAACCAAACUGGUGCUACUGAAGAAGCUGAAACAGUCCCAGCAGGUGAUGAUGAAGGAGAACAUCAUCGUUACGCCGACCAACACGAACAUGGCCAACCCGCUGGCGGCGAUUCCCACGGCCCUGACGAAGGGUUCGCUCAGUGUGACCCCCACGAACGCUCUACCCUUGCCGGCUCAUUCGAAAUCUUCCAAAUCCGUCGUGGCCGCCCCUCCGAUUAAUCGUGGUUCUCCGAUAAACAUCACUCCCGUUACUAAACCACCCGCAAGGCAGCCGUCUCUACCUGGGGGAGCUACCCUAACGCCCAGCACCCCUGGUCAACGCCUCCCAAUGGGGUUGACCCGUACGGGAUCUAAUCUCACCAUAACCCCGUCGGUUACAAUCACACCGACGAAUGCUCCCUCCUGCAACAUGAAGCAGCGUAAUCUACCGAACAGUAGCGGUAUCGGUGCCAACAAUCUAAUGGAUACUAAUUUGAAGGUACAGUCCGGCCAGAUUAGCAACUCGGUGUCUAUCACUCCAGCACCUCCUAUACCCGCACAAAUCAGUUGCACGACGGUGGAACCCGUUUCACUUAAACGUGAUCGUGAUACCAGAGAUGAACCGCAAACUCAAGCGCAACGACAGGCUGCGGCUAAACUGGCACUUAGAAAGCAAUUGGAGAAGACUUUGUUACAGAUCCCACCGCCCAAACCUCCACCGCCGGAGAUGCACUUCAUCCCCAAUCCCAGCAAUACGGAGUUCGUCUACCUGUUGGGCCUGGAGCACGUCGUCGACUAUCUCACCAAGGACAAGAAACCAAAUCUCCCGCAGCAACCGUACCGCUGCGCCCAGUGCAAAAUCGACUUCACCCCGGUUUGGAAGUGGGAAAAACAGGGUAAAAGAGGAAAUCCAACUUUUCAGAACAGUCCAGCUGGAAAAGACCCGAAGGUCAUCUGUGAGCAGUGUGUUACUAGCAAUGUCAAGAAGGCACUCAAGGCUGAGCAUACGAACCGUCUGAAAACGGCCUUCGUUAAGGCCCUGCAACAGGAGCAGGAGAUAGAGGCCCGUCUGGCUAGCCAAAGUAGCCCCUCGCCGGUGGACAUUCGUCCCACGCCGUCUUCUACGCCGAAUUUGCGAGAGCAGCAGCGCGAAUUGCAACAACAGCUGGAGCAACAGCAACAACAGGAACGUCAGCAGGCCCAGGAGCGCCAACAGCAGCAGGAGCGUCAGCAACAGCAGGAACGCCAAGCUGCAGCUGCAGCGCAGCGUCAGAAAGAGCAAGAACAACAACUACGCCAGCAACAACUGCAGCAGUUGCAACAGCAACAGCUCCAACAACAGCUCCAGCAACAGCAGCUCCAACAGUUGCAGCAACACCAAGAACAACAACAACGUGUUCACCAGCUGCAGCAGCAGCACGCCCAUCUGCAAUCGCAACCAUCCAAGUCGAAAACUCCGACGCCAACGCCGCGGCCGACUCCUACCCCACCGACCCAGCAGACUCCACCGCCGGCGUCCAGUUCCCGGUCCAGCCGUCACAGUGCGACGGCCAAUGCGGCAGCGGAAGCAGCUGCAGUUCAGCUAACGGCCCUCGCCGGACUGGGUGGCCUUGGACAACUUGGUGCCCUGGGUAACCUGGGCAGCCUGGGCAAUCUGAAUCCUACGGCAGCGGCGGCCGCAAUGCAGGCUUUCCAGCAGCAGCUGUUCAGAGGUCUACAACAGGGAUUGUCCACGGGAAAUUUGAACAACUUGCAGGCGCAUAUGAUGCAGUUCUCACCGUUGAUCUAUUCCUAUCAGUUGGCAAUGGCACAAGCUGCUGCAUCUCUGUCAGCGGCCGGCAAGGGAGGCAGCGGAGGUGGCGGUGGUGCCGGUGGUAGCAGCAAUGCCGCCGGGGCGGCCACGGCGGCCUCCAUAGCCGAAAUGCAACGGGCUAUGGAGUUGCAGCGCCAGUAUCUGGAGAUGCUGCCCCAGAGCGGUCCCGGCAGCAAUCGUCAAUCCAACUGGAAAUCGUAAGCGGAAUAUCGUACGUAAGAUACAGAUAGAUGAUCAGAUAGAAA